CAUCAGAGUAUCCACACUGGUGAAAAACCCCAUAAGUGUAUUGAGUGUGGGAAAGCCUUUGAUCAGAGCAAAAGCCUUAUUCAACAUCUGAGAAUCCACACUGGGGAGAAAUCUUAUCAAUGUAAUGUGUGUGGGAAAGCCUUUAAUCAAAACCAAAGCCUUAUUCAGCAUCAGAGAAUUCAUACUUGGGAGAAACCCUAUGAAUGUGGAAAAACAUUCAGUCAUAGUUCACAUGUUAUUGUACAUCAGAGAAUCCACACAGGGGAGAAACCUUACCAAUGUAGUGAUUGUGGAAAAGCCUUCAAUCAGAGUUCAGGCCAGCAUCGGAGAGUCCACACUGGAGAGAAACCUUAUAUGUGUAAUGAUUGUGGGAAAGCCUUUAGUCAUAGUUCACAACUUGUUGUACACCAGAGAAUCCACACUGGAGAGAGGCCCUAUGAAUGUGAUGAGUGUGGCAAAACCAUCAAUCACAGCUCAAGACUUACUGCCCAUCAUAGAAUUCAUACUGGAGAAAAACCUUAUAGAUGUAAUUUUUGUGGUGUGUCUUUUAGUCAAAGUUCAUCUCUUACAGAACAUCAAAGAAUCCAUACAGGGGAAAAAUCCUAUAAAUGUAAUGAGUGUGGGAGAGCCUUUAGUCAUAGCUCACUGCUCAUUGUUCAUCAGAGAAUCCAUACCAGGGAUAAACCUUAUGAAUGUAAAGAGUGUGAGAAAGCCUUCAGUCAGAGCCAAAGUCUUAUUUGACAUCAGCGACUCCACACUGGUGAGAAACCCUAUGAAUGUAAUGAAUGUGGCAAAGCCUUCAGUCAAAGCCAAAGCCUUAUUCGACAUCAAAGAAUCCAUACUGGAGAGAAGCCCUAUAAAUGUCACGAGUGUGGGAAAGCCUUUUGCCGUAAUGCACACCUUACUGUACAUUGGAGAACCCACACUGGGGAGAAAUCCUAUGAACGCCAUGAAUGUGGGAAAGCUUUCAGUCGAAGCUCAUACCUUAUUGUACAUCAGAGAAUCCAUAUAGAUGAGAAAUCCUUUGAGUCAUUUCACUUAAUUCAUUAGCAUAAUGGACUAAUGAAGUCAAGAAAUGGGAUUGAUCCCUGUUAACAUUUACACUGGGGAAAAACUCCCACAGCCUUCUAGAGAAUAGUGACUUUGGCAGAUCUCACAAAUGUGUAUCCCUGAUAUCAAAGGGGUUCAAGGCCAGAGGUUCAUCAUAACCCAUCCUCACUACUGGAAACACAAACCUAUUAAUUUUCCCAACCCUUGCAAGUGCCUUUGUAAAUGUUCGUGAGGGUUUCUCAUGUAUAUGUUGUAUAUCCCCAAGUACAUUGUACUGUCCCUAAAGAUAGGGACCAUAUUUUUCUGGUUUUGACACAUUCUUUUCCUCUGAUGAGUCUAGCCAGUCAGGCAGUAUUGUCUGUCCUUCAUUCAAAACUACAUAUAUACAGGGUGUCCCAAAAUGUCUUAGUGCAGUUAUAAACUUUAAUGGCUUUUGGAACACUGUAUUACCUUCUAUCUGCUUCCACCCUAUUCUGUUCUACCUUUCUCCAUGCUCUUUCUUAUGCUAAGCUGCCAAAACAUUUUUCCUGAAACAGUUUUUGUUACAAUACCCUUCAGCUUACCCAGUUACUAUCUCUAGUGUGAGACUGACCAUAUCCCAACUGUGCCCUUUCAUAUGCCACCUCCUUUGAAUGAUUUCAUUCCUUCCCACACCCCUGCCAAUCUAGAUGUGUGGCAUCUUUCAGGAUCUAACUAAAAAUGUAUUUCUUCCCCAAAGUCUCUACCUUCAACCGUUCUUCCUUUGUCAAAAUGGACACUGUUGCACUGUGAUCAGUUCUUUAUUCAAUUAAUUGUAUUCUUAUUUUCGGUGCAUAUGUUAAAUUGUUAUUCGUAUUUCUUAUCUUUUA